AUGAAAAAAAAAGAACCGAUGAAAAACCCAAUCGUUAGAUCAUAUGUUAGGUCAAAAGUGCCGCGGCUUCGAUGGAAUUCUGAUCUUCACAACUCUUUUGUUCAAGCCGUCGAACAACUCGGUGGCGAACAUAGAGCAACUCCUAAAAUGGUUUUACAGUUAAUGGAUGUGAAAGGACUCACAAUAUCACAUGUGAAAAGCCAUCUCCAGAUGUAUAGGAGCAUGAAGCUGGAAGAAUCCAUGCAAGACGAGAUAUUGGCAAAGAGAAGUGUUAGAGUGACAGGACAAGUUACUUGGUGGCAGUUUCAACAGUACCUUCAUAACUAUCAACGCCUUCGAGGCAAUGUCAACUUUUUCCAAAAUCAACAAAGGCAAGAAGAGGAAAUGUAUGAAAAAAUAAUAACAUUUGGAGAAUCAAGUAAUGGAACCAAGGAAGCACCGAGUGACUAUUUUACUUGCAAGUCUCUCUAUGAAUCUUCAAGGGUCCGACUUAAUAAAACCAGAGCUGAUGAUGACAAUGGUGAAGUUUGUGGUGCUAUGGAUGAUGAUGAUAAUGUUGUUCAUGAUGAUUGCAAUGUUGUUACUUUGUCACUAAACUCGAUAAAAGCUUCCAAAGGUGACGAAGAAUUGUCCCUCGAGCUCACUCUUGGUCUCAACACCUGACAAGAAAUUGAAUUUUGUAGAAAUCGUUGCAAAGUAUGUAGAUGCAAUGUUAAAAAAAAAAGUAUGUAGAUGCAUGUACUAAAAAUUUGGUUCAAUAACCAAAAAAAAACUAUAAUCUACAA